AUGAGCGAACGAAAGAGGCUGGUAGAGUAUCUUUUCGAAGCUACAGUGAUGUACCGUGCACACAAGUUAGAAUUGCCAGACUGGAGGGUAGCUGUCAUUUCAAAGGCUCGCGAGCUUUUCUUUGCAAAAGAAGAAAACAUGACACUAGAAAAGAGCCGCGGUGUUGAUGCGAUUUGUCACAUCUUGGAGCGACAUGAACUAAUGGAAAUACUCUCCUCGUUGGAGUUAAGGAUCUGGUCUUGCAAACUACUAGAAAAUGAGAUCGACGAAGGACCCGCCGGGGACAUAUUGGAUGUCUGUCAACCAAAAAGGGUGAAGCUUGACGAUCGCGAAUUCGCUCGGGUGAAUUGUGGUGCUGAUAUUAUCAUUGGCAACAUACUGCCCUUUCUGAGGGAGCCCUCGUGA